AUGAACACCAAGCAAGCCGCUUGCUUGAACUGCCGAAGGAGCAAGAUCAAAUGUCGCCGUGAUGAUGACGCUCCAAUCUGCGAGAGGUGUCAGCAUAUUGGGACGGAAUGCGUUAUACCAGAGUUCCAUAUUGGCAGGCAGAAAGGUGUCAAGAACAAACGCUCCGGCCUCGAAAAAGCCAUACACCAAGUCGAGGAGGCAAUUAAGAAGAGAAAAACAGAUGUUACUACUAGCCAUAGUACCCUCCAACACUUGCAAAGGCUUUUAAGCGAGGCGCAAAGCUAUAGAGAAGAGACCCUGCAUGACCAUACAGAGUCACCUGAAAGCAAAUAUGUUGCUGUAUCCACAAAAGAGGCGAUAGGACCAUCCAGCGACGAUCAACUGGCGCUGGAAGGCGUUGAGAACCCUCUUCAAUUGCUGGCCCGCGCAUCAGAUCUACGAAUCGCAUCACCCCACAACAACAGCACGGCCACACCCGGAAGCCAAAUCAAUGGAAGUGAACAAAGUGCCUUCCUAGACGUACAUCGGUUCUUUCUUCCCAUGAAAGCGAGCCUUGACCAGGGUCCAGGCCUAGAUCCGAUCGACGUUGGAUUGGUUACAACUGAAGAAGCAGAAAUGCUUUUGCAAUAUUUCCACGAAAGGCUGGCACAUACCCGUUGGGGUCUUGACCCAAUGGUGCAUUCACUGCCCUUUGUGCGGAAUCGAUCAGCAUUCUUGUUCACGACACUGCUCGCGAUGACUGCAAUAUUUCUACCCGAAACGGCGUCGUUAGCUAAAAGACUCCUUUUGCAUCGAAGAUUCUUAGCGGAGCAAGUCAUUGUUAGGAAGUUUAGGUCCGUCGAGAUUGUGCUAGCAUUCAUGGUUAGCAUACCUUGGAUGCCUCCGGGCUCCCAUGCAAGCGACGAUGACACCAGCUUGUACCUUGCUACUGCUUUGUCUAUCGCCUUAGACCUUUCGCUAGACAAAAUCAUCGUACCUUCUUCAUCCUUCGACCCAGAACUUGUUAGGCAGAUACCGAAGGCCGAUUGCCUCGAUGCCGGCAAAGCUCUCACUAUGGAUGGAUUCGAAGACGUUGAUGUAGACUCAGAAUGGGGCAAACGGCUAUUACGCCGUAGAGAAAGAGUCUGGGUUGCAUUUUUCGUGCUAGAGCGUGGAGUUUGUCUUGCCCGCGGCCGCAGCUAUUGCGUCCCAAAGACGUCCCUGAUACAGCACAGCGACCAAUGGUACUAUCACCAACACUCGGACGUUCAGGACGGACCGCUUGUGUCCAUGGCCGUACUCCGCAGAGAUCUCGAUGACCUCUUCGCGAAUGUGAGAUCAAGAUGUGACAGCUACCGCGUUGAAGAUGUGGGCUUGAAGGUGGCUCAAGAGAUCGACAAAGCCAUCGAGGACUUUUUUGACAACUGGUCCCGCACAUGGACCUUGGUGAUUGGUGAGCCUGAGAGCAAGAGCCUUCCGCCCUAUGUCGAGAUCCUUGUCACGCACACGCGACUCUCUACAUACAGUAUGCUACUCAAUCACCCGAGCGCACCGCCUGAGGUCAAGCGCUCGUUCCGCAAAUCCGCCCUCUCGUCUGCCCUUAACGUCAUGCGCGCGGCCAUCCAAGGCGAAUCUCGUUUGAAAUCAAUGCCGAACAACACCGUCACUAUGAUAUGUUUUGCAGCCAAUGUCGCGCUUGCUCUAAGUGCCCCAGUACCUCAGAAGAGUGGCAGUAAGAGCCUAGCACCUAGCGUUCGUAACCUGAUCGAAGAGACCGCCACGGUGCUAGAGCGCAUCGGCAGUGCCCCAAGUCACAGAAACGGUGCAUCCGUCGUAUAUGGCCGGUUUCUACGCGUCCUAGUUAAGCAGGCGCCAAACAUUGAUCGCACUCCGCAGAUAGCUUCGCAAGACCUUGCGCAGUCGGUUGCAAUACCAGGCCUCUUGCCGCCUCCUGCUACAGAUGCUACACUUUCAUCAGGCCAGCUACCACCGGACCAUAUUUCAAAUUUUUGGCCAGACACACUCCCGUUCUCUACGAUGUCAUAUAACGAGGUCAAUGAGACCGUGACGAACUCCGAUCUAUUCUCGACGGCGCUCUUCGAUCUCCCGUGGAAUGAUAGCAAUCCGUUGUGGACGGAUUGGAUGAAUCUACCUGAUUUUAACUAUCCAUGA